AUGUCCACCAACGGUCGCGUCAGACCUAACGUCCACCCCGAGGCACCCGUGCACAAGGGGUCUCAGUCACACAUACCCCACCCGCCACCCGAAGACCAUCCGAAACGAGACACGUACCAGACUCACGAAAUUGCCGACACCGGAUGGCGAGGUGAGCUGCCGAGCAAGCAGGGUGGGACGUACGAGAAAGAUUACAUGCACAAGCCACCGUACGAGUGGAAGGGCGAGGAUGACUUGUUCAAGCCGAAGUACUACUCGCAAUGCUGGUGCGGGCACGUAGCGUUCGAGUUCCACGGCGACCCGCUCGACGCAAAGCACUGUCACUGCCGACAGUGCCAGCGCCUACAUGGCGCUCCCUUCCAAUGGGCCGUGAUCUUCCCGAAGACCUCAGUCCGAAUGGUCCGCAACGAGGCAACCGCGCUCCACUUCCUCUCCACGGAGGAUCAGACCGCAGAGCACAGUGUGCCUUGCAAAGUUUCAUGCAACGUCUGCCGAUCACCGAUGUUUGACGAGGGCCGCAACACAGUGCUCGCAUACCCCUCCUCCUUCCGCUUCAAGGACGCCAAGGUCCCGCUCGACUUCCAGCCGACCGCACACAUAUUCUACAGCCAGCGCGUCAUGGACGUACCCGACGGCGUACCCAAGUGGUCUGGCCACAAAGGCGAGAGUGAGCUAAUACAAGAGAUGGAGGAUGAAGAAGGGACCUUGCCGAAGUAUAAGGGAAAGCAGGACUCGUAUUCCAAGGUAGAGAAGGAGGACAAAGGGCCAGAGUUGUGAGUACCAGCGGACAACGAACUAUAGCUGUUGACUCGCCUUUGUUGUACACGGCGCGUUGUAGCCAAUCCUCGUCUGCCAAACUGUGAGAUUCGACCGUGUUGUCUGCAUGGUUAUUGGAAUGGAUACGAUGCGUAUUGGGCUCCGAAAGCCAAGUAUGCCAGCAUACAUAUAUAUGCAUUUGGAUGUUCGAUUGAAUUGUGUUCCACUCAACAUCAGUCUCCUUCAGGAAGCGUGGAGCACAUGAAGCGUAACAAUCGCGUAUGGCCGCGCUACAGAUAAGUGCAGAAGCUUGCGCCAGUCUGGCAUUUAGAUCAUGAGGUCGGAAUUGUGAAGGAGACUGCUACGUGGCCAUGGCA